UUUUCCUUCCCAGCUGGAGAAGGCCUCAGCUGUGUGAGGCUGGGACUGCUGGGGAUUUUCUGUAGUUAGAGGGAAACACAAGGGAAGAACAUCCUGUUCUCAGCUUCCACCGAUGGUGAGCCCACCUCUCCUGAUCAUUAGCGUGGCUGGCACACUCGCGUGCAAGCCAGACCACUUCUUAUGGAGACUCGGCAGUGCCUCACCUCAGUCUGUGAGUUUUCUUCAUGGGAAGGUUGUGAUGGAGUCUCUGGGUCGUCCCAUUCCACCUACAUCCUCGCCUAGCCUCCUCCCAUCUGCUCAGCUGCCUAGCUCCCAUAAUCCUCCACCAGUUAGCUGCCAGAUGCCAUUGCUAGACAGCAACACCUCCCAUCAAAUCAUGGACACCAACCCUGAUGAGGAAUUCUCCCCCAAUUCAUACCUGCUCAGAGCAUGCUCAGGGCCCCAGCAAGCCUCCAGCAGUGGCCCUCCAAACCACCACAGCCAGUCGACACUGAGGCCCCCGCUCCCACCCCCUCACAACCACACGCUGUCCCAUCACCACUCGUCUGCCAACUCGCUCAACAGGAACUCACUGACCAAUCGGCGGAGUCAGAUCCACGCCCCGGCUCCAGCACCUAACGACCUGGCCACCACGCCGGAGUCUGUUCAGCUUCAGGACAGCUGGGUGCUAAACAGCAACGUGCCACUGGAAACCCGACACUUCCUCUUCAAGACCUCCUCGGGGAGCACCCCCUUGUUCAGCAGCUCUUCCCCGGGAUACCCUCUGACCUCAGGAACUGUUUACACGCCACCUCCCCGCCUGCUGCCCAGGAAUACCUUCUCCAGGAAGGCCUUCAAGCUGAAGAAGCCCUCCAAAUACUGCAGCUGGAAAUGCGCCGCCCUGUCGGCCAUCGCCGCGGCCCUGCUCUUGGCUAUAUUGCUGGCGUAUUUCAUAGCAAUGCAUCUGCUCGGACUCAAUUGGCAACUCCAGCCGGCAGAUGGACACACCUUUAACAAUGGGAUAAGGACCGGCUUACCAGGAAACGAUGAUGUGGCAACAAUGCCAUCUGGAGGCAAAGUGCCCUGGUCAUUGAAAAACAGCAGCAUAGACAGUGGUGAAGCAGAAGUCGGUCGGCGGGUGACACAAGAAGUCCCACCAGGGGUGUUUUGGAGGUCACAGAUUCACAUCAGUCAGCCCCAGUUCCUAAAGUUCAACAUCUCCCUCGGGAAGGAUGCUCUCUUUGGUGUUUAUAUAAGAAGGGGACUUCCACCAUCUCAUGCCCAGUAUGACUUCAUGGAACGUCUAGACGGGAAGGAGAAGUGGAGUGUGGUGGAGUCACCCCGGGAACGGCGGAGCAUACAGACCCUGGUGCAGAAUGAAGCCGUGUUUGUGCAGUACCUGGAUGUGGGCCUGUGGCACCUGGCCUUCUACAAUGAUGGCAAAGACAAGGAAAUGGUUUCCUUCAACACUGUUGUCUUAGAUUCAGUGCAGGACUGUCCACGUAACUGCCAUGGGAACGGUGAAUGUGUGUCUGGACUGUGUCACUGCUUCCCAGGAUUUCUAGGCGCAGACUGUGCUAAAGCUGCCUGCCCCGUCCUGUGCAGCGGGAAUGGACAAUACUCUAAAGGGACGUGCCAGUGCUACAGCGGCUGGAAAGGCGCGGAGUGCGACGUGCCCAUGAAUCAGUGCAUCGAUCCUUCCUGCGGGGGCCACGGCUCCUGCAUUGAUGGGAAUUGUGUCUGCUCUGCCGGCUACAAAGGCGAGCACUGUGAGGAAGUUGACUGCUUGGAUCCCACCUGCUCCAGUCAUGGGGUCUGUGUGAAUGGAGAAUGCCUAUGCAGCCCUGGUUGGGGUGGUCUGAACUGUGAGCUGGCGAGGGUUCAGUGCCCGGACCAAUGCAGUGGGCAUGGCACAUACCUGCCCGACACAGGCCUCUGCAGCUGCGAUCCCAACUGGAUGGGUCCCGACUGCUCUGUCGAAGUGUGCUCAGUAGACUGUGGCACUCACGGCGUCUGCAUCGGGGGAGCCUGCCGCUGUGAAGAGGGCUGGACAGGUGCAGCGUGUGACCAGCGCGUGUGCCACCCCCGCUGCAUUGAGCACGGGACCUGUAAAGAUGGCAAAUGUGAAUGCCGAGAGGGCUGGAAUGGUGAACACUGCACCAUUGAUGGCUGCCCUGACUUGUGCAACGGUAACGGGAGAUGCACACUGGGUCAGAACAGCUGGCAGUGUGUCUGCCAGACCGGCUGGAGAGGGCCCGGAUGCAACGUUGCCAUGGAAACCUCCUGCGCUGAUAACAAGGAUAAUGAGGGAGAUGGCCUGGUGGAUUGCCUGGACCCUGACUGCUGUCUGCAGUCUGCCUGUCAAAACAGUCUGCUAUGCCGGGGGUCCCGGGACCCCCUGGACAUCAUUCAGCAAGGCCAGACGGACUGGCCUGCAGUGAAGUCCUUCUACGACCGCAUCAAGCUCUUGGCAGGCAAGGACAGCACCCACAUCAUUCCUGGAGACAACCCCUUCAACAGCAGCUUGGUUUCUCUCAUCCGAGGCCAAGUAGUCACCACAGAUGGGACCCCCCUGGUCGGUGUGAACGUGUCUUUUGUCAAGUACCCAAAAUAUGGCUACACCAUCACCCGCCAGGAUGGCACGUUCGACCUGAUAGCCAAUGGGGGUGCUUCCCUGACUCUACACUUCGAGCGAGCCCCCUUCAUGAGCCAGGAGCGCACCGUGUGGCUGCCAUGGAACAGCUUUUACGCCAUGGACACCCUGGUGAUGAAGACCGAGGAGAACUCCAUCCCCAGCUGUGACCUCAGUGGUUUUGUCCGGCCCGAUCCAAUCAUCAUCUCCUCCCCCCUGUCCACCUUCUUCAGUGCCGCCCCUGCGCAGAAUCCCAUCGUGCCUGAGACGCAGGUUCUCCACGAAGAGAUAGAGCUCCCGGGUUCCAAUGUGAAGCUUCGCUAUCUGAGCUCCAGAACCGCCGGGUACAAGUCGCUGCUGAAGAUCACCAUGACCCAGUCCACGGUGCCCCUGAACCUCAUCAGAGUUCACCUGAUGGUGGCCGUGGAGGGGCAUCUCUUCCAAAAGUCAUUCCAGGCCUCUCCCAACCUGGCCUAUACUUUCAUCUGGGACAAGACAGAUGCUUACGGCCAGAGGGUGUAUGGACUCUCCGAUGCUGUGGUGUCUGUGGGGUUUGAAUAUGAGACCUGCCCCAGUCUGAUCCUCUGGGAGAAAAGGACAGCCCUCCUGCAGGGAUUUGAACUGGACCCUUCCAACCUUGGAGGCUGGUCCCUGGACAAGCACCACAUCCUCAAUGUUAAGAGUGGAAUCCUACACAAGGGCACUGGGGAAAACCAGUUCCUGACCCAGCAGCCUGCCAUCAUCACCAGCAUCAUGGGCAAUGGCCGCCGCCGGAGCAUCUCCUGUCCCAGCUGCAAUGGCCUUGCUGAAGGCAACAAGCUGCUGGCCCCGGUGGCUCUGGCUGUGGGAAUCGAUGGGAGCCUCUAUGUGGGUGACUUCAAUUACAUCCGGCGCAUCUUUCCCUCUCGAAACGUGACCAGUAUCUUGGAGUUACGAAAUAAAGAGUUUAAACAUAGCAACAACCCGGCGCACAAGUACUACUUGGCCGUGGACCCCGUGUCCGGCUCGCUGUACGUGUCUGACACCAACAGUCGCAGGAUCUACCGUGUCAAGUCUCUGAGCGGAGCCAAAGACCUGGCCGGGAAUUCCGAAGUGGUGGCAGGGACCGGAGAGCAGUGUUUGCCCUUUGAUGAAGCCCGCUGUGGGGAUGGAGGGAAGGCGAUCGAUGCGACCCUGAUGAGCCCACGAGGUAUUGCCGUAGACAAGAAUGGGCUCAUGUAUUUUGUCGACGCCACCAUGAUCCGGAAGGUGGACCAGAACGGAAUCAUCUCCACCCUACUGGGCUCCAAUGACCUCACUGCUGUCCGGCCACUGAGCUGUGAUUCCAGCAUGGACGUAGCCCAGGUUCGCCUGGAAUGGCCAACAGACCUUGCCGUCAACCCCAUGGAUAACUCCCUGUAUGUUCUAGAGAACAACGUCAUCCUGCGGAUCACUGAGAACCACCAAGUCAGCAUCAUUGCGGGACGCCCCAUGCACUGCCAGGUUCCUGGCAUUGACUACUCGCUUAGCAAACUAGCCAUUCACUCUGCUCUGGAGUCAGCCAGUGCCAUUGCCAUCUCUCACACUGGGGUCCUCUACAUCACCGAGACGGAUGAGAAGAAGAUCAACCGUCUACGCCAGGUAACAACCAAUGGGGAGAUCUGCCUUUUAGCUGGGGCAGCCUCAGACUGCGACUGCAAGAACGAUGUCAAUUGCAACUGCUACUCAGGAGAUGAUGCCUACGCGACGGACGCCAUCUUGAAUUCCCCAUCAUCCUUAGCUGUAGCUCCAGACGGCACCAUCUACAUCGCAGACCUUGGAAAUAUUCGGAUCAGGGCUGUCAGCAAGAACAAGCCCGUUCUUAAUGCCUUCAAUCAGUAUGAGGCUGCAUCCCCCGGAGAGCAGGAGUUGUACGUCUUCAACGCCGAUGGCAUCCACCAGUAUACCGUGAGCCUGGUGACAGGGGAGUACUUAUACAAUUUCACUUAUAGCGCCGACAAUGAUGUCACUGAAUUGAUUGACAAUAAUGGCAAUUCCCUGAAGAUACGUCGGGACAGCAGUGGCAUGCCCCGUCAUCUGCUCAUGCCCGACAAUCAGAUCAUCACCCUCACUGUGGGCACCAACGGAGGCCUCAAGGUCGUGUCCACACAGAAUCUGGAGCUUGGCCUCAUGACCUAUGACGGGAACACUGGGCUCCUAGCCACCAAGAGUGACGAAACAGGAUGGACGACUUUCUACGACUAUGACCAUGAGGGCCGCCUGACCAACGUGACACGUCCCACGGGGGUGGUGACCAGUCUACACCGAGAAAUGGAGAAAUCCAUCACCAUUGACAUUGAGAACUCCAACCGCGAUGACGAUGUCACUGUCAUCACCAAUCUGUCUUCAGUGGAGGCCUCCUACACAGUAGUACAAGAUCAAGUGCGGAACAGCUAUCAGCUCUGUAAUAACGGUACACUGAGGGUGAUGUAUGCUAAUGGGAUGGGUGUCAGCUUCCACAGCGAGCCCCAUGUCCUAGCGGGCACCAUCACUCCCACCAUUGGGCGCUGCAACAUCUCCCUGCCCAUGGAGAAUGGCUUAAACUCCAUUGAGUGGCGCCUCAGAAAGGAACAGAUUAAAGGCAAAGUCACCAUCUUUGGCAGGAAGCUCCGGGUCCAUGGAAGAAACCUCUUGUCCAUCGACUAUGACCGGAACAUUCGGACAGAAAAGAUCUAUGAUGACCACCGGAAGUUCACCCUGAGGAUCAUUUACGACCAGGUGGGCCGCCCAUUCCUCUGGCUUCCUAGCAGCGGGCUGGCGGCCGUCAAUGUCUCAUACUUCUUCAACGGGCGCUUGGCUGGCCUUCAGCGUGGUGCCAUGAGCGAGAGGACCGACAUUGACAAGCAAGGUCGCAUCGUGUCCCGCAUGUUCGCCGACGGGAAAGUGUGGAGCUAUUCCUACCUCGACAAGUCCAUGGUGCUCCUGCUUCAGAGCCAACGUCAGUACAUAUUUGAGUAUGACUCCUCCAGCCGCCUCCACGCCGUCACCAUGCCCAGCGUGGCCCGGCACAGCAUGUCCACGCACACUUCCAUCGGCUACAUCCGCAACAUUUACAACCCGCCUGAAAGCAACGCUUCGGUCAUCUUCGACUACAGCGAUGACGGCCGCAUCCUGAAGACGUCCUUUUUGGGCACCGGGCGCCAGGUGUUCUACAAGUAUGGGAAACUCUCCAAGCUGUCAGAGAUUGUCUACGACAGCACCGCCGUCACCUUCGGCUACGACGAGACCACCGGCGUUUUGAAGAUGGUCAACCUCCAAAGUGGGGGCUUCUCCUGUACCAUCAGGUACCGGAAGAUCGGCCCCCUCGUGGACAAGCAGAUCUACAGAUUCUCCGAGGAAGGCAUGGUCAACGCCCGGUUCGACUAUACCUAUCACGACAACAGCUUCCGGAUCGCAAGCAUCAAGCCUGUCAUAAGCGAGACGCCCCUUCCCGUCGACCUCUACCGCUAUGACGAGAUUUCCGGCAAAGUGGAGCACUUUGGCAAAUUUGGGGUCAUCUAUUAUGACAUCAACCAGAUCAUCACCACCGCCGUGAUGACCCUCAGCAAACACUUCGACACCCACGGGCGGAUCAAGGAAGUCCAGUAUGAGAUGUUCCGGUCCCUGAUGUACUGGAUGACGGUGCAAUACGACAGCAUGGGCAGGGUGAUCAAGAGGGAGCUAAAGCUGGGGCCCUACGCCAACACCACAAAGUACACCUACGACUAUGACGGGGACGGGCAGCUCCAGAGCGUGGCCGUCAAUGACCGCCCAACCUGGCGCUACAGCUAUGACCUCAACGGCAACCUCCACUUACUGAACCCAGGCAACAGUGUCCGCCUCAUGCCCUUGCGCUACGACCUCCGGGACCGGAUCACCAGGCUGGGAGACGUGCAGUACAAAAUUGACGAUGAUGGCUAUCUGUGCCAGCGAGGGUCUGACAUCUUCGAAUACAACUCCAAGGGCCUCCUCACGAGGGCCUACAACAAGGCCAGCGGGUGGAGUGUCCAGUACCGCUACGAUGGCGUGGGACGGCGGGCGUCCUACAAGACCAACCUGGGCCACCACCUGCAGUACUUCUACUCUGACCUCCACAACCCCACCCGCAUCACCCACGUCUACAACCACUCCAACUCGGAGAUCACCUCGCUCUACUACGACCUCCAGGGCCACCUCUUUGCCAUGGAGAGCAGCAAUGGGGAGGAGUACUAUGUCGCCUCUGAUAACACCGGGACACCUCUGGCUGUGUUCAGUAUCAACGGACUCAUGAUCAAGCAGUUGCAGUACACAGCCUACGGGGAGAUUUAUUUCGACUCCAACCCCGACUUCCAGAUGGUCAUUGGCUUCCACGGGGGACUCUACGACCCCCUGACCAAGCUGGUACACUUCACGCAGCGCGAUUAUGAUGUGUUGGCGGGACGGUGGACCUCUCCAGACUACACCAUGUGGAAAAACGUGGGCAAGGAGCCGGCCCCCUUUAACCUGUAUAUGUUCAAGAGCAACAACCCUCUCAGCAAUGAGCUGGAUUUGAAAAACUACGUGACAGAUGUGAAAAGCUGGCUUGUGAUGUUUGGAUUUCAGCUUAGCAACAUAAUUCCUGGCUUCCCAAGAGCCAAAAUGUAUUUCGUGUCUCCUCCGUAUGAACUGUCAGAGAGCCAAGCAAGUGAGAACGGACAGCUCAUUACAGGUGUCCAGCAGACGACAGAGAGACAUAAUCAGGCCUUCAUGGCUCUUGAAGGGCAGGUCAUUACUAAAAAGCUCCACGCCAGCAUCCGGGAGAAAGCAGGGCACUGGUUUGCCACCACCACGCCCAUCAUCGGCAAAGGUAUCAUGUUCGCCAUCAAAGAAGGGCGGGUGACCACGGGCGUGUCCAGCAUCGCCAGCGAGGACAGCCGCAAGGUGGCAUCCGUGCUGAACAACGCCUACUACCUGGACAAGAUGCACUACAGCAUCGAGGGCAAGGACACCCACUACUUCGUGAAGAUUGGUGCGGCCGACGGCGACCUGGUCACGCUGGGCACCACCAUCGGCCGCAAGGUGCUGGAGAGCGGGGUGAACGUGACCGUGUCCCAGCCCACGCUGCUGGUCAACGGCAGGACUCGAAGGUUCACAAACAUUGAAUUCCAGUACUCCACGCUGCUCCUCAGCAUCCGCUACGGCCUCACCCCCGACACCCUGGACGAAGAGAAGGCCCGCGUCCUGGACCAGGCGAGGCAGCGGGCCCUGGGCACUGCCUGGGCCAAGGAGCAGCAGAAAGCCAGGGACGGGAGAGAAGGGAGCCGCCUGUGGACUGAGGGCGAGAAGCAGCAGCUCCUGAGCAGCGGGCGCGUGCAGGGGUACGAGGGGUAUUACGUGCUCCCUGUGGAGCAGUACCCAGAGCUUGCAGACAGUAGCAGCAACAUCCAGUUCUUAAGACAGAACGAGAUGGGAAAGAGGUAACAAAAUUAUCUGCUGCCAUUCCUUGUCCGGAUGGCUCGGCAGGAGUAACUGUUAUCUCCUCUCCUAAGGAGAUGAAGACCUAUCGGGGCACUGAGGCUGGGCUGCUUCAGGAUACUAGUGGCAAGGAAGCUCACAUUUUUUGAGUUCAAAUGCUACUGUCCACGCGAGAAGUCCCUCAUCCUGAAGUAGACUAAAGCCCGGCUGAAAAUUCUGAGGAAAACAAAACAAACGAAUGAAUGGAUGAGUGAACAAACACACAAAACGUUCCAAGUUCCCCUAAAAUACGACCCACUUGUUCUGGGUCUACGCAGAAAAGAGACGCAAGAUGUCCGAAAGGAACGAAAGAAAAACAGCAACAACAAAAAAUGUUAAAAGGCAAACAAGAAAACAAACCAACAGCAAGCCAACAAAAGAAAAACAAACACACGGACCGAAAAACAAAGAAAUGAAGACGAGAAGGCCUCAUGUCCAGUUACCUCACUCAUUCACACGUGAGCGACACGACACGCAGACAUCCGCGAGGGCCCGCCUCAGCAGACCAGCUGAGGACGAUUCAGACUGCUUGUGGGACAAAGACUUCAGACGUUUUCAUUCAAGCAAAUGCAGGUGCAUUGAAAACACAACUUUUGGGGGUGACAUGUGUAGCGCCUGGGGAGGGGGGGAUUAAAAGUGGAGGAGUGAGCACUGGAAAUACUUUUUAAAGAAAAAAGAAAGAAAGAAACACGAGGAACAGAAAAAUUCCUAUCAAAAAUCAAAGCGAAAUAAUACCGUCCAGCACUUAAAACUCUCAGGACCCAACUAAGUCUGGCCUGAGCUAAUUUAUUUGAGCGCAGAGUGUAAAAUUUAAUUCAAAAUGGUGGCUAUAAUCACUACAGAUAAAUUUCAUACUUUUUGUCUUUGGAGAUUCCAUUGUGGACAGUAAUAUGCAGUUACAGGGUGUAGUCUGUUUAGAUUCCGUAGUUCGUGGGUAUCAGUUUCGGUAGAGGUGCAGCAUCGUGACACUCUUUUGCCAACAGGUACCACUUCCGAUCACCCUGUACAUACAUAAGCCGCAAGGCACAAUCACUGUUUCAGAUUUAAAAUUAUUAGUGUGUUUGUUUGGUCCAGAAACUGAGACAAUCACAUGACAGUCACCACGAGGAGAGAAAAUUUAAAAAAAAUAAAAAUAAAAACAAAAAAAAUUUUAAAAAUUUAAAAAAAAAACAAAAACAAAAAAAGUCUAAUAAGAACUUUGGUACAGGAACUUUUUUGUAAUAUACAUGUAUGAAUUGUUCAUCGAGUUUUUAUAUUAAUUUUAAUUUGCUGCUAAGCAAAGACUAGGGACAGGCAAAGAUAAUUUAUGGCAAAGUGUUUAAAUUGUUUAUACAUAAAUAAAGUCUCUAAAACUCC